AGCGCAAAUCUGCGUCACUUCCUGAUUCUGCUUCUGACGUGUCGAAAAACUGUUUUGCACAAGUGGUGGAGCCAACUCGCCGGGGGUUUAUUUACUAUUUUAGUAUUUUGGGUUACGUGUUGGCAAGAUGCUCGAUUUCUUCACCAUCUUCAGCAAAGGUGGGAUAGUGCUGUGGUGCUUUCAGGGAACCGGUGUCACCGAGUCCUUCACCGGGCCCGUCAACGCCCUGAUCCGCUCCGUGAUCCUGCAGGAACGGAGUGGAAAUAACUCCUUCACUCAUGAAUCCCUGAAUCUCAAAUAUAAACUGGACAACGAGUUUGAGUUGAUUUUUGUGGUGGGUUUUCAGAAGAUCCUAACGCUGACCUAUGUGGACAAGUUCAUAAAUGACGUCCAGCUGCAUUUCAGGGACCGUUAUAAGAAUGAACUGGAGCAAAGGGGAGUGAUUAAGCUUCUCAACCACAGCUUCGAAUUUGAGGAUGACUUCAAAGUGCUUCUUCGAGAAGCAGAAGAGGGUAGCAGGGCUCGGAGCCCCGCACCUAUGCGCUCCUUUAAGGAGUCUGAAAAAUCCCAAAAAACUGUGAAGUCAAUGAUAGAAAUAAAGGGUGGGGACAAAGAAAAAGAACAGGGUAGCAAGAAAAGCAAGAAUACCAAAAAGGAAGCUCCUCCGGUGGACCUUGUCAAAGCAGAGCAAGGCAAAGGCACAUCUUCUACCCCGAAGCUGGUUGAAAACGGCAACCACGGCCUUACUGCUGAAGAGAUCAUGCAGAAGAAGAGAGAGGAGUUCUUUCGUAAGCGUGCAGUGGGACCUGCUGAAAAAGUCAGUAAGUCUCCAAAGCCUCAGAAGCCCAAGGAGAAACAGAGGCGCGUUUGGGAGAUGACUGGCAGCAGCACCAAGGACCUGGACUACAGUGACAGGAACGGAGAGAGUUCCCCUGAUUGUGACCAAAACCCAGAUGCACCCAUUGCUACUGGGAUGCAGCUCACCCCCAUGAUUGGAGAUUUGCCAUCUGUGGAAUGUGAUUCCAGUGAUGAUGAUGAGGAGGAGGAAGAGGAGGAGGAAGAAGAAAGAGUAGUUGUCAAUGCAACAAUAAAGACAAGUGCCAAGAAGAGUGGCGGCUUUGGCGGCAUGUUUGGCAUGCUGAAGGGCUUGGUGGGCUCCAAGAGUCUGAACCUGGAGGACAUGGAGCCGGUUUUAGAGAAGAUGAGGGACCACCUCAUUGCGAAGAAUGUAGCAGCCGAAAUUGCCUCACAGCUUUGUGACUCUGUAGCCAAAAAACUGGAAGGCAAAGUCAUGGGCACCUUCACCACUGUUGCCUCAACAGUAAAGCAGGCCCUGCAAGAGUCGCUGGUGCAGAUUUUGCAGCCCAAGCGCAGGGUGGAUAUUCUGCGAGACGUCAUGGAGGCGCAGAGCCAGAGGAGACCUUUCGUCAUUACGUUCUGUGGCGUCAACGGGGUUGGAAAGUCCACCAACCUGGCAAAGAUCUCAUUCUGGCUCAUUGAAAACGGUUUCACUGUGCUGAUCGCUGCCUGUGACACGUUCCGCGCCGGGGCUGUGGAACAGCUGCGAACCCACCAGCGCCGCCUCAACUCACUGCACCCUCCGGAGAAGCACGGAGGACGAACGAUGGUCCAGCUCUAUGAGAAGGGCUACGGGAAGGAUGCUGCUGGAAUUGCAAUGGAGGCCAUUGCCUAUGCUCGCAACCAGGCUUUUGACGUGGUGCUGGUGGACACCGCGGGGCGUAUGCAGGACAACGCGCCCCUCAUGACAGCCCUGGCGAAACUCAUUGCUGUCAACAUGCCUGACCUUGUGCUGUUCGUCGGGGAGGCUCUGGUGGGCAACGAGGCAGUCGAUCAAUUGGUCAAGUUCAAUCAGGCUCUGGCUGACCACUCCAUGUCGGACAAACCUCGCCUCAUUGACGGCAUCGUGCUGACCAAAUUUGACACCAUCGACGACAAGGUUGGCGCGGCAAUCUCCAUGACCUACAUCACGGGCCAGCCAAUAGUGUUUGUGGGCACCGGUCAGACGUACAACGACCUGCGUAGUCUCAACGCCCGCGCUGUGGUCAGCGCCCUGAUGAAGGCUUAAAAUGGCAGCAGGCUCCGAUGUUUGUCGUUGGACAUCGCGAGGAAGCCGACAUUCUCAUUUUGCCGUGCUGCCAAGGGAUGCUUGAGCCCCCUGCUAAAAGCCCGCGCUUGCCGUUCUUUACCGCCCUCUCUCAUGUCCCGUUUUUCUGCUCAUUGCACCAUUGUCCCAGCUUCAGGCCAGCGUGAAAGGACGGCGCUGCAUUUGAAAACCACACAACCAGAGGAAGCCUCCCUUUUACUUUUACACUUAAGGAUUUGGGCCAAAUUGGCAAGUACCUCAUUAUCAGUUUUGAAUCACUCCCGACUGAUGGACCUGUGUUUACCCAGUAAGAACUAGUUGAACAACAAAUAAAUGGCAUUUUGUCAGUCAUCCCCCCCACCAGCUAAAUCAGGUCAGGUUGGCAGCAGCUGCCUGUGAAAUGCUUCGUGACCAUAGUGCCUAUUUGUCUCCUGCUGCUGUCUUGGUUACCACUCACAUCAAAGACACAUGGGAGCUAAUCCUACUCAAAGGGGGAAACGUGGCGUUGGAUUCAGUUGACGGUCAUGAAUUGGAUUUAAAUGUAUACUGAUACAUUGUCUCAAGUGAGCCAUGCAGCCGCACAAGAACAUUUGAUCCAGCCCACCAUGCAAUAGAAAAAAACAAAUACAACCUCAGAAUAUCUGUUCUGAGAACCGCGAACAUAGUAAACCCACAAAUAUCCAUAAUGUAAUUAUCAACAUUACUUGGGCUGCUGAAUUAUAUUUUUCCCCCUAUAAAUGUUUUGUGGCCCAUGAUAGGAAAAGCGGCUCCCCACCCCUGCUUUGAAGGAUCACAUGUUCUAAUUUAAGGAGUAUUGUUUCGUGUUCUUUACCAGCCUAAUUCAGAAAUUAAUCCCAGAGGAGGCUCGUACGUUUGUAAAUGAAUGAUUGCUGUGACCCGUUUCCCCAAGAAUGGUUAUUUAUGUUUUCCCCAUGGAACUCAGCCAAGCAUCUCCCCACUGAAACUUGCAUUGAUGCAAUAUUAGCGGAUCGAAGGUUAUUUGAGCUAAUUUAUGAGAAUGUAAACAUUUCUAAAUAAAGCUGCUGUACACGGCAUA